CAGUAAGGUGCUCAGUGAGCUCAAAAAUGAUGUAACUAAACAAAAUGACUUGCUAAACAAAAUACAUGGUAUUUUAGAAUGGUCUCUACCAUGCUCUCUGGCCUACUAUUUUGGCUGGCAUUGGGAUGGACUCCAACAUUCGCUUACAGCCCAUGGGCUCCUGACCAAGUCUCCGAAACAGAUAUCCAGAGCCUGCUUCAUGGUGUUAUGGAGCAAUUGGGCAUUGCCAGGCCACGGGUGGAAUAUCCAGCUCACCAGGCCAUGAAUCUUGUGGGCCCACAGAGUAUCGAAGGUGGAGCACAUGAAGGUCUGCAAUACUUGGGUCCUUUUGGCAGCAUCCCCAACAUUGUGGCAGAGUUCACUGGCGACAACAUUCCUAAGGACUUCAGCGAGGAUCAGGGUUAUCCUGACCCUCCAAAUCCCUGUCCUGUUGGCAAAACAGAUGAUGGAUGCCUAGAAAACACCCCUGACACAGCGGAGUUCAGUCAAGAAUUCCAGUUGCACCAGCACCUUUUUCAUCCAGAACAUGACUACCCAGACUUGGGAAAGUGGAAUAAGAAACUCCUUUAUGAGAAGAUGAAGGGAGGACAGAGGCGGAAGCGGAGGAGUGUCAAUCUGUAUCUGCAAGGACAGAGGCUGGACAAUGUUGUCGCAAAGAAGUCUGUCCCCCAUUUUUCAGAUGAGAACAAGGACCCAGAGUAAAGAGAAGAUACUGGGUGGAAACUCAUGCCCCUCACUGUUAAUGUGCAUGUGUCACUAAAGCCCCUGAGAAUGGCAGCAUGUUUCUGAUGUAGUUAAUUAUGGAUGAAAAGCAGCUGCAUUCACAUUGUCCUUCACACUGAUGGCUCAGCUUUCUGCUAAGUUUAAAUAGGAGCUCUUUUUGUUUUUGUUUUUUCUGCAAUGAACAUUAACAUUAAAAUGUAUAUGUCAAGUAAAAUAAAAAAUAAAGCUAGGAAAUGCUCAGAUUUCUUGCAGUUUAAAUGGUGUUUAGGGCUGUGAUGCUUUGACCAAGUCUGCAAAAAAGCUAGCAUUUGAUUUUGAUUAUACAGUGCAUCCAGCCCCCGGGCCCUGUUACACACCAAUAAAGAAGUCUGUGCUCUCGGGAAGGACCUGACACAUCUCUCUUGGCUGUAUCUUAGUAAAUGUUUAUGCAAGCAAAAAAAAAAAAAAAAAAUGAAUG